CCGAAGUAAAACGAAUUCUCGGUCCUGUAGGACUGCCGGAGGCGGCCACAGCGCCAUGUUGAACGGAAUCAUCACACUCCGUGGAAAUACUCUCGUCAAAGAGCAGUUGUAAACAAAGUGUUCUUCAUUUUCCAAAGGGACAUUUUUCAAGAUCGCCCUGGCAAGAAGAGGCCAACUAGAUCCUCGGAAACCCCGGCAGGGGAGGGGGUACAGCCCCCAACCUUCAGCAAUGAAGAUAAACCACAAUAAGCGCGAACGAUAGCUGGCUAACUUUAUCAAUAACCUGUUAGCUAAAGCUUUUCUAUCCGCUCAGACACCGGCAACCUUAUCUUAAAAGGCCCGGUGUUGACCUAACUCGGCAGCAAUAUAUAUAUAUAUUUUUUACAUGCACAGUUUAGCCGCUAGAUAAUUUAUUAUUGUAAAUAUAUGUAAAGCCCUGCGUUCGUUUUGUUUUUAUUUGCGAUGAGUUUGCCGCCGAAAGCGGUGCCGAAACCAGCCUCUGCCUCCGCCGCUGGACCUGGAACGGGACCGUCACCCUCGAGUCAGCUGCGGUCCACCCUGACACCAGGACCGCUAACGUUACCGCCGGGGACACAGGUGCUUCAACAGCCGCCGACACAGAACCCAAGAGUGCCCCCGGAAGAGCGAAUCUUCCCCGUCACUGCUUUUUACAGUAGACCCCCUGGCCCCCUAUAUACAGCACAUGAAAUCAACAAGGGACACCCUAACCUAGCGGCCACUCCGUCGGGUCUUGCCUCCUCCCCUGGACUCUCUCAGGUAUCAGCUUCAACAAUAUCCACUGCGCAUCUGUAUGGUCCCCCUAAAGGCUGGGAGGCAGGAGGAGGGUCUCCGUACACACCAGGGCAGAAUGCCGGCACGACCCCUCUGGUCUACUCUACACCAACCCAGCCAAUGAACGCACAGCCUCAGAGCCGCCCGUUUGCCCCUGGGCAUCGUCCUACCCAUCACCAGGGAGGAUUCAGAACCAUUCAGUUUUUCCAGAGGACGCAGAUGCAAACGGCGCGGUCCAAUAUUCCAAGCAACAACCCUCCUAUUCGGCCCACAUCUCAGACCCCCACAGCAGCGGUUUACCCCCCCAAUCAGCCCAUCAUGAUGACCAUGACUCCCAUGCCCUUCCAUUCCCCACAGACAGCGCAGUACUACAUCCCUCAGUACCGUCACAGUGCUCCUCAGUAUGUGGGACCUCCUCAACAGUACCCAGUCCAGCCCACUGGACACAGUACCUUCUUUGCUGGACCCAGUCCAGGGGACUUCCCAGCGGCUUAUGCAACAGGACCUCCUUACUAUUCUGUGCCGUCCAUCUACACCCAAUCUCCAUCCAUUAUAGUGCCUACACCACAACAACCUCCACCUGCUAAGAGGGAAAAGAAAACCAUCCGUAUCCGAGACCCCAACCAGGGUGGCAAGGAUGUGACUGAAGAGAUAUUAUCAGGGGUGGGCGGAAGUCGGAACCCAACCCCACCGGUGGGACGGCCCUCCUCCACUCCUACACCUCCACAGCAGCUGAACUGCCAGGCAGCGAGUCACGUGGACAGCACAAAAAUCCUUUCUACACCCAUCAACUUGAAAGCAGAUGACAAGCCAAAACUAGAGUUUGCCUCACAAAGGUCUGCAUCUCCAGGAUUGCAGCAGCCAGAGACUCCAUUGGAAAGAAGAGACCCUAGCAGCCCAGUCCAAGCGCCCUCUCCCCCACAGAAAACUGAGCUUCCCCCCUCCGGCCCAGAAUCGGCCUCAAGUGUAGCAACAGCCCCAACUCCUUCCAUACCUGCCUCAACAGUGGAGUCCGCUGACGCUCCGAGCCCAUCAGCUGAGCCCAGCUCCACUAAAGCUAUCACACCAGAACUUGAAAGCUCUGAGCCUGAGAAAUCCUCCUCAGAGCAGCCCUCACCUCAGAGCCUGUCUACGUCCCUGACCCAGCCUGAAAGGGUCAUCAAUGGGCUGAAGGACACCGAUGCUGCUCCCUUGAGUGAAGACUUGGAAUCCCAACCCAGGGAAGUCUUUCCUUUGCUGCCUACUUCCAGCGUGGCCCAGUGCAUCAGCUCGGAGCCUAGGCCCAUCACACCGGCGCUGGAGGCCGAGUCUGCAGUGGGAACGGCAGAUACUCCCUCACCUCCUAGUGAGGACAACGCUGGAUGUCCUGUCAUCCCGUCCCUCUCCACCUCCACUAUUGCUGCUAUCUCCCCCACACCUGCUCCUCCUCCAGGCCUCACACACCCAAGUCAGGUUUCUGGAGGAUCAGCCAAGAGACCCUCUACAGGAACAGAGCUCAAAGAAACAGUGAAGGAGACCGAGGCCUUGCCGGACGAGAGAGGCGGCGAGCCCUUCUUGCAGUCCAGAAAAAGCUCAAGUCAAGCUACAUCUAGUGCACCAAAGACCUGGAAGAAGCCAAAAGAGGACAUGCCUGUAGGGCAAGAUCAGUCUCCAGACAAAGAGGAGGACACGGGUCAGUCCUCUAUGGAACCUGCUGCAGAGAGCCCCAGUCCACCUCCUGUGGAGCUGGAGAGGAGGCCAUCCGCAGGAGCUGUGCUUGAGGAGAACGGAGAACAGGAAGCAGAGCCUCUUAGAAACGGGGCGGAACACACCUCUGAAACUGAAAGCAGUGACAGCAUCCACCCGCCUGCAGUCAAAGAGCCGCUGAUCGAAGCAGUGCCCCCAGAGCCUGCAGAGAAGAAUGGAAAGAAGCAGUACGACAGAGACUUCCUUUUGGGCUUCCAGUUCAUGCCUGCAUGUGUGCAGAAACCAGAGGGGCUUCCUCCCAUUUCUGAUGUUGUUCUAGAUAAGAUUAACCAAAAUAAGCUGCCCAUGCGGCCGGUAGACCCACGUGUGAUUUCCAGAGGCCCAGACUUCACGCCAGCGUUUGCAGAUUUUGGCAGACAGAUUCCAGGAGGCAGGGGAGCACCGCUGCUGAAUGUUAGCCUGCAUCGCCCGCCUGGACGCAAGAUCAUCACAAGCGUGUCGGUGAAUGAUGAUGUGCAGCUGAGGACAACCGAGAAUGCCUGGAAACCUGGCAUGAAGCGGGAAAAUGUCAUUGAAGAUCCAGAGACUCUGACAACUCAGGAGCUUUUCCGAAAAGUGCGUAGUAUUCUCAACAAAUUAACGCCGCAGAUGUUCAACCAGCUGAUGAAGCAGGUGGCUGACCUCACCAUCAACACUGAGGAGCGGCUCAAGGGUGUCAUAGACCUGGUUUUUGAGAAAGCCAUUGAUGAACCCAGCUUCUCUGUGGCCUAUGGUAAUAUGUGCAGCUGUCUGGCCAUGUUAAAAGUGCCCAUGACGGAUAAGCCCAGCAGCACUGUGAAUUUCCGGAAGCUGCUUCUGAAUCGCUGUCAGAAGGAGUUUGAGAAGGACAAAGUGGAUGACGACGUCUUCGAGAAGAAACACAGGGAGCUGGAGGCAGCUACCUCGGCUAGCGAACGGGAGAGGCUGCAGGAGGAACUGGAAGAGGCGAAAGAUAAGGCUCGCAGACGCUCCAUCGGCAAUAUAAAGUUCAUUGGCGAGCUCUUCAAGCUCCGGAUGCUGACAGAGGCAAUCAUGCAUGACUGCGUGGUGAAGUUGCUGAAAAACCACGACGAAGAGUCACUGGAGUGCCUGUGCAGGCUGCUCACAACUAUUGGCAAGGACCUGGACUUUGAGAAAGCUAAGCCACGAAUGGAUCAGUACUUUAAUCAGAUGGAGAAGAUAGUAAAGGAGAGAAAGACUUCUUCACGCAUUCGGUUCAUGUUGCAGGACGUCAUUGACCGGCGAUUGCACAAUUGGGUGUCUCGGAGAGCUGACCUAGGCCCCAAGACCAUUGAACAGAUCCAUAAAGAGGCAAAGUUGGAGGAGCAGGAGGAACAGAGGAAGGUCCACCAGCAACUCUUGUCCAAGGACAACAAGAGGAGACCAGUGGUGCAGAGAGAGGAGACCCCUUUCGUUUUUACACUUUCUGAUGAAGUAUCUGUACUUUCUCUUCAUGUUGCAGUGGUGCAGAGAGAGGAGACCUGGAGCACUGUGCCUAUGACUAAGAACAGCCGAACAAUAGACCCCGCUAAGAUUCCCAAGAUCUCGAAGCCAACAGUAGAUGAGAAGAUUCAGCUGGGACCAAGAGCUCAGCUGAACUGGAUGAAGGGCAGCAGUGGAGGGGCUGGAGCCAAGGCCAGUGAGUCAGAUGUCUCUCGUCCCAGCGCCAGUUUGAACCGUUACUCACCCCUGCAACCCUCAGCGCCCCUGGCCUCCUCUCUACCCUCUACAUCCCCAGAUUCUGAUGCCAGGAGAGUUCUCAGCAGUCGAGGAAGCUCAGGUCGAGAACGUAAUGAGAAACCAUUGAGUGCGGGUCCCGCUCGGACAGGGCCCAUCUCAUUGGGCAGCAGCAAUAAGGAGGCUCCAGAGGAGUCGGUCCAGGAAGUGUCCCGCAGAGACUCGAAUGCCUCAGACUCGCCCAAGCUGCCCGCCAGCACUGCAGACAACAGCAGACUGGAGCGUAGCCAAUCCAGGGAGUCUGCUGUUAAACUUGAAGUACUGUCAGGACCCUCUCUGGAUAAGCCUACAUUAACAGAAGAGGACAUGGAGAGGCGGUCCAAGUCCAUUAUUGAUGAGUUUUUGCACAUUAAUGAUUACAAGAACAGCAGUAGAGGAAUUUCUAAGCGUAGUAUACUUGUGCUGCAGGAGGCAGUGCAGUGUGUGGAGGAGCUAGAGCAACCUGCCAUGCUCUAUGUGUUUGUGCGUGUGGGUGUGGAAUCCACGCUGGAGAGGAGUCAGAUCACGCGAGACCAUAUGGGUCGGCUGCUCUACCAGCUCCUGCGGGCUGGAAUCCUCCACAAACUUCACUUCUUUAAAGGGUUCUCUGAAACUCUUGAAUUAGCGGAUGAUAUGUCCAUUGAUAUUCCUCAUAUAUGGCUGUACCUUGCGGAGCUGGUGACCCCUGUGCUUCGAGAGGGGGGAAUCUCUAUGAGAGAAUUAUUUAGUGAAUUUAGCAAACCAUUACUCCCUGUGGGAAGAGCUGGGAUAAUAUUUUCUGAAAUAUUGCACAUUCUAUGCAAACAAAUGAGCCAUAGGAAAGUAGGAUCAUUAUGGAGGGACUCUGGGUUGAGCUGGGCAGAUUUUAUUCCUGAAACAGAGGAUGUGCACAGCUUCAUCACAGAACAUAAUCUAGACUUCACACUUUCUGAUGGCUCAAACCUGACCGAGGCUGUCUCUAAGAGAACACUCUCGCCUGAGGAACUGAGCAAGCAACUUGAAAAACUACUACUUGAGGACAUGGCUGGUGAUGAACGAAUCUUUGACUGGGUUGAGGCCAAUCUAGAUGAAUCAGAAAUGAGUUCAUCGCCUUUCCUCAGAGCUUUAAUGACUGCUGUGUGCAAGGCGGCAGUGAAAUCCGAGGGCUCCUCAUACAAAGUGGACUUGUCCAUAAUCCAGAGGAGAUUGCCUGUAUUACACAAGUACCUUAACUCAGACACAGAGAGACAGUUGCAAGCACUUUACGCACUUCAAGCAUUGAUAGUAAAACUGGACCAGCCUGCUAAUUUGCUCCGGAUGUUCUUUGACUGUUUGUAUGAUGAGGAUGUGAUAUCUGAAGACGCUUUCUAUAAGUGGGAGGUCAGUAAAGACCCCGCUGAACAGCAAGGCAAAGGUGUGGCCCUGAAGUCAGUCACAGCCUUCUUCACGUGGCUGCGCGAGGCAGAGGAGGAGUCCGAGGACAAUUGACGAGGGGGCAAACAGACACAUUUGCCAACAAGUUCUGAAGAGACAAUAGUCGCUGAAACAAUAACUGCAUCAAAUUAAAAUGUGACAUAACAAGCAACACAUUAUGCAUCAGGAUGGAUGGAGCACAGCAAGAUUUGGAAUGGUACGGGUCAUGCAGUGACCCUAUGAUGACUUGCAAUUGCUGGAGCACUAAAAAAUGUAUUAUUUAUAGAAAUGUUUUUUUUUUACUUUUUAAGAGGACUUUAAUAAUACAAACAUGUAACAAUGAAACAAAACAUACGUUCAGACUCCUUUUUUUUUUUUUUUAAGAACAGCAUACACAAAAGGGUAUUUAACAUUUGCAGUCACAACGAGCGGUUAUUGGUGGAUGGAGAAAUAAUGAUAAUUUUAUUAUUAAUAUAAUGACGGUAACUAAUUAAACAACUAAAAAAAAAGUUUGGUUAAGCACAGCGAAGACCUGGUCUGCGUUUAGUACAUCGGUACUGAAGUUUUAGUACAUCUUUAAGGUUAUUAUCUCAAUAACCAUACCAAAUGUCCCUCUGCUUCAGCUUGCUCUUUGUGAAACAUUCAAUCUGGCAGAAACUUGCAGGUACUAUGCAUUCAGGGACUGCUGGGACGACAUGACGAGAGCUCAGAAUGGAUGUCAGUGAGCAGAUGGUGACAAAACCACUAAGGAGGUGUUGCUGAAUCUAAAGUGCUUGUUAUUCUUCAUACUGAUAGAGCAAAUAUAAAGCUUGUAAAUAAAUGAAAGACAAAAAAAGUUUCAUAAAAGUACAAAA